AUGGCUCGAUCCAAGUUCAGAUUCGCGCCCACGCAGCCCAUCGAGAUGAGCUACAUCAACCCCGACGGUAUCGUGUGCGAACUCGACGACGAGCACGAUUUGAGGGCCCUUGCAGUGCAUGCCCACCUCGCGCCAAAGCUCCACGUCCAUGUCACCUCUGCUGCAUCGGAUCUACCAACAGCAUUCGCCAACGGCAAGGCUGCCCUCGCCUCGUCAGCAGUCGCACCGCAGAUCCUCUCCGACGGAGCCACAGCAGCCAAUGAACCGCAAAGUGCGCCCGUCGCAGCCUCCAAGGUGGCCACGCAGCCAAUCACUGCCAUCAUGCCUCCUCCUCAAGUACCAGUCCCUGCGCAAGCGAAUGGUCACUCCAACGACGCGGCGUCACCUCCCAAACCGCAAAAGAAGGGCCGAGCGAAAGCCGGCUCAACUCAGCUCACAUCCACUCAAGUUGAGGGGACCCAAGCAUACACUAAUGGCUACGACCAUCAGUUCGAGGCCUCGCAGGUGAAUGGCAGCUCUGCGCCGCAGCCUUUGACGCCCGUCGCCAAGAAGACGUCCAGCAAGCGCAAACGCACCAACGAUUCACCGCCAUCUUCCGCAUCUGCUGCUCGACCUUCGGAGUCCACGGCCGCCCCGACCAGUCCUUCGACGCCGUCUGCACCUGUUCACAAGAAGCCGAGAGGGCGCCCGAAGACAUCGCUGGCUUCCACUACGGCUGCCGGAACUGACAAUGUCCCAGACACCGCGAGCGUUUCAACAGACCCCGCGUCUUCUACCUCGGAAGUGUCCGCUCCAGCUCAGAAUGCUGAUAUGACAGUCUCCGCUUCGCAACCUGCCGAGACCGUAGCCGUGCCGCAGAAAGAGGCUGCCAUCGAGACCCGGAAACCCGGCCGUCCUAGGAAGAGUUCAGCAACUACGACCGUUCAGCCCACCGAGAAUGGAACGGUGCGCAACGACGUCAGUGCCGACACACCGAAGCGAGGGCGUGCAAAGAAGCUCGCACCGAUCGAGGAAGCUGCCUCUGUUCAACAAGCCCCUCUCGAGACACCGAAGCGUGGUCGACCGAAGAAGGCUGCCACUCUGGCCGCGGAUCAGAGCGCCACACCCGCUUCUGCAGCACAGCAAACCCCCACGCAGACUCAAGAGUCGUCCAACGGUAGCGUGACCGCAGCAGCGAGUACAGAAAUCGAGUCAGCUGUGCCUGCAGUGAACGCACAGCCGGUUGAGGUGCCUGCAGCUUCACAGCCAGAAGAGUCGUCUCUCGAGCAAACACCUGCAGCGAAAGCCGCAGCCAACCCCAAGCCGCAUGGAAGAGCUUCCAAGAAGGCGAUCGCAGAAACAGAGUCGAUGGCAGUAGCGCCUGCGGCUGCCUCCGAAGAGGCCAGCGCCCCGUCGACGACGGCAGCAUCCCAGCAGACACCCUCCGACACUUCUCAGACAAACCCCGACCUGCCGGUCAAGAAAAAGCGUGGUCGUCCCUCCAAGGCUGACUUGGCGGCCAGGGCGGCGUUGCUAGCCUCUGCUGAAGGUGCCAGUGCGGUGGAUGCCGCCGAGACGCCAGCAUCGGGCGCCAAUUCUCAGGCGCAGCCGGUAUCGACAGAGAAGCUCGCAGAAAGCCCGGAAGCUGCUGCUGCGGUGGUCGCGACACCCAAGAAGGUCGGCCGCCAGCCAAAGACUGCGAAAGCAGCAAGGGCGGCGGCAGCUGACGUUGAGCCCGUCACCGAGAUCGGUGCAGCGGUGACAGCACCAAUUGCAGACACCGUAACAUCACCGGUCGCGGAGCAACCAGGCUCAGUAGAGGCAUCAGCGCAACAAAUGACGGCAAACGAUGACGAGCACAGCACGAACGCUGCACAGCCCGACGAGAACGCAGCUGGCACAAUUGACGCUGCUCCUGCUGCUGCGCCUGCACCUGCAGAGGUCGCACCGAGCAGUUCCGCUCCGUCUCAAGUUGACGCGACUUCCCUAGAAUCGACUGUGGCCGCGACUCCAGCAACUUCAAAGCGCGCUACCGCUGCAACAAAGCCUCGAGGCUCAAAAGCAAACGGGACCGACGCUGCAGCUGCAGCCUCCGAAUCUUCAGAGGCGUGCGUUGUCUGUGGCGCUACUCCCUCCCACGGUCGUAAAGACUGUCCGAUCUGGAAAGGCGGCUCAGAAGCGAUUCUCGAGCUGCUCGCCAUGCUUCGCAAGAAGAGCUACAAGAACAAAAAGGACAAGGAGACCGUCCGGAUGCUUCAGGAUUGGCUUUCGUUGCAGUUCAACGCGCCUGCUCUCGAUUUCACCAUCAGUCAAGACUCAAUCCAGCCCUCGCAGGACAUCUCACUCCCACCGGCUGCUGGUCAGCCUGUAAAAGACGCUGCCGCGGCCGUUAACGAGAGUGCGGACCCCAUUGUAUUCACGCAAGAGUCGGCCGUCGAAAGCGCACCGGCGUCCAGUCCGACAACCGGCAAGAAGGCUUCGAGCGCGAAAGCCAGCGUCGCCAAGAAAAGUAUCCUUGCGCGUGCGACGCCAGAGCCCGAAUUGCCACCCCCUUCUGGCGUUGCGGCCCCAGCAGAGCCGCCAUCAGCAUCAACAGCCAAGCCCACCGCAAAAGCACCGCGAGCUCAAAGCAAAAAGGCAGCAGCAACAGCGCAGGCCAAAGCGGCCAAGAAGGCGGUUGCUUCAACGAUGUCAGAGCCCAACAUCGCCCUGACGCCCUCCUCACCACUGCAACCAAGCCAAACGCAAUUUUCGCAGCCGCCCGGCACCGGACUCAGAGCGCCAUCCGAGUCAUCCGAAGCGGAGCUGGCCACGAGCCCCCUCUUGUCGGCUGUGCCGCGAGCAAGUGAUGACAUGGACGUCGACGAGCUUCCAUCCAACACACCGUCUCGGCCGAGCACAGCGGCGCAGCAACUGGAGGAAAGGAAACGCCGGAUGAAGCUCGCCGAUGCUGCAAGCACUUCGAGUCCCAGAUCGAGAUCUGCUUCGAUCACCAGUUCCGACACCUCGCACGGUGGGCAGAGCAGCGAUGACGAGUCGGAUGCGGACAGUGAUGCCGGGGGAACCGCUGCGAAGGUCGGUCGCAAAGGCACAGGCAAGCAAGCCAAGCCCGCUUCAAGCAAGCCACCUCGCUCGCCGGUGGCCAAGAAGGCGCGCACUGCCGCUGCCGCUCGCAAGGAUGCCUCCUCGGGGACCGACACGAGCUCCUCUGAUUCCGAGACGGAAUCCGAGCCCGACACGUCGAAGAAGAGCACUUCGCGCGCAAAACCCAGCGGCGACAAUGCCAACGUCAAGACGCCCGCGAGCAAGACGACCAAGCGUCUACCGCCACCGGACAAUCCGUUCCUGCGAGGACUCACGCCGGUCUCGUCCCGACAGAACGGUGCGGGCAGCAACAAGUCGACGCCGUUUACGCGUUUGUCGGAGCUCAAACCGGCGAGUCUGCGCCAGAACCUCUCGCAACCGGGAUCGCCGUUGAGCACGGGUGGAUCGACGCCGUUGAGCGCUUCGGGUCAGACGCCGUUCUUCGCCAGCCAGCCGGUGAUGAACGGCGACGGGAAUGGGAGCACGGAUAGCAGUGCUGCUGCAGGAGCAUUCACGACGGCAGCUGCGACCCCCGAGCCAGCCCAGGCGGAGACCGCGUCGGAGGACGACGAUGAGAGCGAUUCUUCGUCCUCUUCUUCGUCGGAGGAUGAGGCGCCCAAGAGAGGAAAGGCGUCAGCGAAGGCGUCAACAGGAGCCAAGCGUGCAGGCAAGGGCGUAGGAGCCAAGACGGCCACACCCGCGGCAGCCAAGAAGCGCAAGAGCGUCUUCGACGUGUUUGGCAAGAGCGGAUGA